ACAACACUAUCCAAGCCUCCCAAACACUUUCCAGUCUGGAGUGAAAACCCCAAGUUCAGAAGAGUAUUAGAGAUGGGCACAGCAAGGCAUGACCAAGAGAUGGCAAUCAAUGCAAAAAAAAGCCUGCCCAAAAUCACUAACCCUCUAGAAAGACUUCGCCUGCAGUGCUUAGCAAGGGGAUCUGCAGGCAUCAAAGGACUCGGCAGAGUAUUUAGGAUUAUUGAUGGUAACAAUAGCAGAACCCUUGAUUUCAAUGAGUUUCUGAGAGGACUACGUCAUUAUGCUGUGAUGAUCAAUAAGGAAGAAGCACAAGAGAUUUUCCGGAUAUUUGAUAAAGAUGGCAAUGGAACAAUUGAUUUUGAUGAAUUUCUUAUUACACUGAGACCUCCCAUGUCCAGUGCAAGAAAAGAGAUUGUCAUGCAGACAUUUCAGAAGUUAGACAAGACUGGAGAUGGUGUCAUAACAAUUGAAGAUUUACGUGGGAUGUAUAAUGUAAAACAUCAUCCCAAAUACCUAAAUGGAGACUGGACAGAAGAUCAAGUUUUUAGAGCCUUUCUGGAUAGUUUUGAUUCACCCUAUGAAAAAGAUGGGAAGGUCACAACAGAAGAAUUCAUGAACUACUAUGCCGGAGUCAGCGCUUCAAUAGACACAGACGUCUACUUUAUCAUCAUGAUGAAGAAUGCUUGGAAACUCUAAUCAUAUAAUUAAAGAAGCAUGACUUUUCUUUCACCUUUUAUAGGUUCCUCUGAUUAAGUGUAUGCACAGCAACACCCUCCUGUUCCAUUACAACAGUUUCCAGUAACUGUGCCAAUUAAUUUCAAUCUGCAGAAUUAAUUCCCAGAUGCUUCAGUAGGCUCAGCCUCAGGGGAUCAGAGCAUAAUCAGAGAUCUGGCAUUUGGCCACCCCACACAUCUGUCCUUUUUCUCUUUCCAUCCCUGGUAUGUCUUUUCUUUUCUGAAAUGAGCUGCUCUUUUCUUUUCUGACAUCUGCAGUAGGUUGCUGUGGCUCCUGAAUAUCCCAUUGCAAUGUUAGAUACAGCUCUGUUUUGCAGAGGAUGCAAGAGAUGGAAACCAAAAUAUUCUAAAGUGUGGUGGUCUUGGAGAGGCUGUUAUAGACAGGCUAUAAAUGGAGGGAAGUCUGUCCCAAGAAAGUCAUGUAGACCUAUCACCUGUAGCACAGCAGUAUCUCUUGGCUUUGUGGGUCUCACUAGUGUGAUACAGCAACUGCUGAUCUU